CAAACUGCGUGGCUCUUACCCCAAGACGGAACUGAUUCUGUAGUUGGUAAUUUGCAUGGGUUUUCUGCGGUGAAUGCCCAGCCGCGCUGGAACUGCAGCUGCAUGGUAUUUUUUUUUUUUUUUUUAAGACGCGCCUUAGCGGUUUCAGUUGUUAUUUCAUUUGCUGUUUUAAGCCUUUGGGGGAUGAUCAAAACUUUAUCCGGCGUUUUUGCAUGUGGCGUCGUUUUUUCUGUAACCAAAUCCCACACAAGAAGCGCGCCGAAGGCGAAGUUUCCAUAGUUUGGCACACUUUUACGCGCUGCAUCCGCCACAUCUUGCGCGCAUUGCCGAGCAGAGCCGACGCUGAAAGAAGUGCGCGCAUGAACAAAGGGUUGGAUCAAUAACAUAUGCUAAUAAAAAGCUCCCAACUCAACUUAAGCCGCGCUUUAACGUCAGGAACACCACGUCACUCAGUUCAAGAACUCCCACUUUUUCCUUGUUCCCGUUGGAUCAUCAUCCUCCGCCCUACAGUUUAGAGGGAAAUCUGGAUAAACUCGACUUGGGCUGAAAACGGCUUAAUCAUGAUGACGGGAUUUCGACUCAAUUUGUCGCCCCUGAAGGAGCCUCUGGGCUUCGUUAAACUGGUAGAAUGGCUCACAGCCAUAUUUGCCUUUGGAGGCUGUUGUGGAUUCUCGGGGACGAACAUCGUAUCCCUCUUCUGUGGCGAUGGUACAAAUGAAACUAUCAACGCCAACUUUCAUUACCCAUUUAGGCUGAGCCAGGUGCCGCUGGUUGUUGGAAACGCCACGCUUUGCAAUCGCUCCGUCACGACCACGCACAUGAUGGGAGACUCGUCGUCCGCCGCCGAGUUCUUCGUCGGCAUCGGCGUUGUGUGCUUCUUGUAUAGCAUGGUAGCUCUGCUGGUCUACCUAGGCUACAUGCAUGUCUACAAGGACUCUGACUUCGGGCCCAUUUUUGACUUUGUCAUCACAGCGAUCCUAGUCUUCCUGUGGUUGGUGUCCUCGUCUGCGUGGGCCAAGGGGCUGCAGAACCUGAAGGACGCGACGAAUACUGAAGGGAUUGGUGGCACGCUAGCUGUUUGCAAGGAAAGCAACAUCACCUGUGAGGUCACGGACUUCGCCAGCAUGCGGACGCUCAACAUCUCUGUGGUGUUUGGCUAUCUCAACAUGUUCAUUUGGGCCGGCAACGCCUGGUUUGUUUACAAAGAGACUCGCUGGCACUCCCAGAAAUUCUCCUCCCAACCUGGACCCGGAAGGCAGCACGUCCCGGCGCCAAUCUAACACCGAUUUGUCAUCACGCGUAAACAUGCACGCAACCAGGAGCGAAUGUCAAACCACCACACAAACACAUAUUUAAUUAUGAAGUUUUGAGCUUUUAAUGCAUAUCUCCAAAACGCUUUCAAUACAGAAAAUGAAGGCAAGAUUGCUGGGACCCGUUAUCGGUCGGCUUUCGCUUACGCUAACGGCGCACAGGGCCGGACUGGCAUUUUACAAUCUAAAUUACUUGACAUCAUUUUACUCGAUGCACACUGACGGCUCUGAUAGAAUAAAAUCCAGUUCUGUAUAUAUUUCUGUGGAGAGCUUAGCAACAAGGAGCAACACAGCUUAAUGUGUCUUUGAUAUGAUAAAAAUUUGUAACUUUUUAAGGGAGCUUCACGCCCUUAUGCUUGACCCUGUCAGCAGAUACACGCACACAUUGUGAUUAAACAUGCGUAUUCGAGACCCCAGUUAGAUUUAUUGGCAUCCCAAUCAUUAGAUCGUCAUGCACUUGAAUGACCCAGGGAGGCCUGUUUUCAUUUCUGUUGCAGACGCCACCAGGGUUUUGUAUUAAAUGUCCCGGUAAUUUCAAUUAUCCAUGAUGCAAUGCGCUUAGACAGGGGCCACAAACCCACAGCACCACAGAGCCCCCGCAAUGCCUAAUAGGGGACAUGAGUUGUUUUUCCAUAUAUUCAUCCGUCUUUAUCCCCCCCCCCCCCCCCCCCACACACACACACACACACACACACUCACACUCAUACACACACAAGCACCACCGGGGAAGUAAUGUUACAUUUUAUUCUUAUCUGACCAAAGCGUAUAGUUCCAGUAAAUUUCAAGAUGGGGUCUGGAAAGCUCCGCACAUUUUCAUUUCCUUUGGACGAGAAACUGGCCCACAGCAUCACAGAUCCAAUGCCAUACUUAAAAGUCCAAAACUAAGUGCUUUAAAUAAAAUAAAAAGUUUUGUUUCAUGUUUACUUUCCUUAUCCUCCUCCUCACUUUGUGUGGCCACAAGAUAAACGUGACUCCUGCUUGGAGGCUAAGUCAGCCUUGCCUGAAUUAGCUAAAAGGAAUUGAUCUCUAUUUUUGCGGACGACGUGGUCCUGUUGUCAUCGUCGGGCCGUGAUCUACAGCUCUCACUGGAGUGUUUCGCAGCCAAGUGUGAAGCGGACACAUGUUUUUCUUCACUGAAUAAAUGUGUUCAAGUUAAAGCGAGGAAAAAUCUGUUCAUAAAAGCCAAAUUUAUUUUUAGGAUUCUUUACACAUUUGUAUCUCAGGAUGGCAUUGGACGUGGUGCUGUGUGUCAUUUAGUGCUAAAUAAAUGAAUCUAAACAUAAAUAUAAUAUUUAGAACGUAAAAAAUAACUUAAUCUGUAUCUGUGUUAAAUUUCUGACAAUUCUGUUUUUUUUUUUUUAAUUGGAACAUGCAGACAUUUGAUUCAAAUGACUUUUUUUCGUUUUGCCAUUCACCACCUAGUGGCGGGUGGUGGUAGGUGCAACUCGUAUUGAAGACUUCUUGAGGAAGACUCAGCCUUAUUUUGGUUUGCUUUUAAUCUUCAAAAAAGACUGUGAAGUUGUCUGAAACUCAAAUAUCAGGAAUCUAUUUGCACUCGUGGCGCUUAGUGGGAUUUCACCUUUUUUAAGCACAAACCCUUGAACACAAGAGUGGCUGAUUAAAAAUGCUGUGUUGAGUGUCGGUACCAAUUAAAGCAUCGAGGUUUGCAAUGAUUGUGUGGCUUUCUUGUAAUCCUAAAGAAUGUAGAAGUACUUUUUACUUUUUAUUUUAUUAUGAUUUUCACUUCACAUUUCAUGGAUUUUUUUUAUCUUCUGCCAAAGCACUAUUUGUUACCGCUUUUUUUUAUUCUUAUCCGCUGUCCAUUUGCUUAAUCCUGUCUAUAACACCAAGCAGCCUUGCUUAUGUAUUUUACCUUCUCUGAAAUAUUCCAUGUAUUUUUUAUUUUAUUUUUUACUGUGUUGCAUUGUGAUAUCAUUUUUCCUAUAGAACUAGAUGAAGUUCAGCAAAACAGCAAUUGUGUGCAAUGUACUGGUUAUGCAUUUCUACACUGCCGCUGAAAAGACAUCUGCUCUCUUGAAUGUGAUCUGCAUGAUUUAAGUGUAUUUUUCAAUAAAAAUGAAUGCAUUUUUAAUAGAA